AGACAUGGGGAAUAGAAAUGGGUAUGAAGCAGCAAAUACGUUACUGAUCCAUGCGAUGUCAAAAGAUGCGCGACAUGGAGCAACAUGCAGUACGAGCAAAAUGCGAGAAAAUACGGAUUCGGAGGCUUUUUUCGAAAAAUAUACGUUAUCGGAAGAAACCAUGGCGAGACUCGAAUCUAUCAGAGAAACGAUGAAAGAUAAACUUGCUCAAGCCAAUCCGCUGUGGGAAGUGAUAGCUGGACAGAAUGAAGAAAAAUGCUCAGAAAGCGAAGAGAGUGACGAUAAUGAUAAACCAGAUGAUAAUGAAUCUCAAAAAAUGAGUGACCAAUCAAUAGCACCAUUGUCAACUCAAUUUUAUUUCACACAAUCUGAAAGAAUUCCAGAACUAACAAGAUCUGAAGAUAUCCCUUUGCCACAGAUGCAGGAUAUUUUGGAAUGUUCUUGUGAGAAUUUAGAACGAAAUAAUGGCAGGCUAGACUUUACCCAGUUGGAAAACUUAUCCAAUGAAGAUCUAGUUUCAUUAGUGGAUGAAAUGAGAAAAAAAUUAAGUCACAAAGGUGUCUAUAAUUUGUGUCAAUCCAUAAAUGAUAUGAUUCUUGAGCAAAAAAUGAAGUAUCUCAAUAUAUUUUGCACGCAUCUGUUGCUCCCAAAGAUACUUGAACUUGAGGAACCAUCCCGUUUACUGUCAUCUGCAAUUGUUGAAUGCAUUAAAAUAUUUCCUGAUGAGAUACAGCAGUUUAUAUUUAUCCCUAUUCUCAACACUGAAUUAAAAGAUACAACAUUGAUUAUUACUCUUGUGAACACAUUUGAACAGCAAAGAAAGACAAUGCUCUUAGAAGACUUUCUUGUACAUGUCAAGGAAUUGAAAUUGUGGCACAUAUCUGUAUUGCAAAAUUUUUUAUCUAUAAGACUGGACCACAACAUGCUUGACAAAAUUAUAAAAUUAUUUUCGGGAAAGGCACUUUAUUUUUCAAAAGAUAAAAACUUUGGAAAGCUUGUAUUAUCCUUCUUAAAAAUUAAUACAACAUUAUCAAAAGAUCAGAAAAAUUUAAUGAUCGAAGUCGCUGCCGUCAAUGAAACGUUAUUCAAAAAACCUAUAGAAAAUAUUUUAAGGAAUAUGUAAUUAGAAAAAAAACAAAAAAGAAAAUAUUUUCUAG